UAGGGGUUGGAACCCCAGGCUCUGUGUGUAUAUAAGACGCUGCAGCCAGCACAGACAGAGCUGCUGUUGCUGCUGCCGGAGCCAGGACCACGGUACACCCGCUUAGCCCCUUAGGACACAGAGACCUUAGAGGGAAGUUAAGGAGGCUGCUUAGGUCUGCGCUAGGGAUCCUGGUUCACCUUUGCAAUAGAGACAGACACAGGAAUCCCGAACGCUCUCCCCUGCCCCCAGACACACGCCCACAGACUCCUGCGCUCCAGAGCAGUGCCGCACGGGGCAGCCUGGCAGCAGGUCCCCACUGAAAGCGAUGCUUAUAGGGAUCCUAGCUGCAGUGCUGGGAAGGAGGGAGUAGUACCCAGCAGGAAAGCGAGGAGGCUGCCGGUUAGAGCCUCCAGUGACUGACUGUGCUGCGGGAGGACGGGAGGACGCCGCCUUUACUCCACUGGACACCUGCUGCAGAAGCCUCGGCACCAUGAUCCGCAUAGUCUCGCUGCUGCUGGGAGUUGCGCUGCUCUGUGGCCACGGAGCCUUUGCCAGACGGGUGGUCAGCGGUCAAAAGGUGUGUUUCGCUGAUGUGAAACAUCCCUGCUACAAAAUGGCCUACUUCCAUGAACUGUCUAGCCGAGUGAGCUUCCAGGAAGCGCGCCUGGCUUGUGAAAGUGAAGGAGGUGUCCUCCUCAGUCUUGAGAACGAGGCUGAACAGAAGUUAAUAGAGAGCAUGUUGCAGAACCUGACGAAACCUGGAACCGGGAUUUCAGAUGGUGACUUCUGGAUCGGACUUUUGAGAAGUGGAGAUGGCCAUAAUUCUGGUGCCUGCCCAGAUCUCUAUCAGUGGUCUGAUGGAAGCAGCUCCCAGUUCAGGAACUGGUACACCGAUGAACCUUCAUGUGGAAGCGAAAAGUGUGUUGUCAUGUAUCAUCAGCCAACGGCCAAUCCUGGUCUCGGAGGUCCCUACCUUUACCAGUGGAAUGACGACAGGUGCAACAUGAAGCACAAUUACAUCUGCAAGUACGAACCUGAGAUUCAGCCAACAGACCCUGUUGAAAAGCCGAAUCUUACUAAUCAACCUGAAGACAAGCAUGAGAAUGUGGUUGUUACUGAAGCAGGCAUAAUUCCCAAUCUAAUUUAUGUUAUCAUACCGACAAUUCCGCUGCUUUUACUGAUCCUUGUUGCUUUCGGAACCUGCUGUUUCCAGAUGUUGCAUAAAAGGAAAGCAAGGAGAAACUUCAUCAAAGACUCCACUCCAUUAUCAUCUGAGUGCCUUGCAGAAAGUUUAAAUUCCAAUCUGUAAAGGAAGAACAAAAACUAGCCCGAACCAGUCUACACUGUGGAUUUCCAAGAGCACGAGAAAGGAGAGCGGCAUGGAAGUCUAAUAAGUAACUGACUUUGCUCCAGAAAACAAAGAUAGUUUUGUAAUUCCCGGUCAGUGUAAGGAAUGGCAUCAUUAGCUUGGAAUGGCUUGAAAUCUCAAAGGAUCUACAAGAUGAACUGUAAGCUCCCCCUUGAGGCUAAUGUCAAAAUAAUUUUUAUAUGUUCAUAGUUUAACUUACAAAAUAUGCUGUGUUUAUCAUGGAGUGAGACCUGCUUACUCAGCUAAAAAAAUGCACCCAAACAUGUAAUUGAAAUGGAUCAUGCAGAUAAAACUUCAGUGGACACAUCUGGAAUUCCUGGGUUGGAAGUAGUUCCUUUUGCUUUUCAUCACCUUCAUCAUUUGAUCUACUUCAUGUAAUAUUAAUUGUAUUCAAAUUUACAGUGUGCAAAAAAUUUUACCUUUGCAAAAGUGUUUGAUAAAAAUGGAUUGUUCUAAUAUUUAUAUUUAUGGCAUUCAUUUUUACAUACAUGAUGUUUUGAUUAAAUACUGAAUUUACACAGACAUGAAAAACUAUUUCCUUAGGGAAAACUUUUCUUUUCAGAAAUAGUUCAUGUUCUUUCCAUUUUCCUCCUUUUGUUUGCAUAAAAUUUAGGACAUAUCUUCAGAAAUAAGAAGCUGUUUCAUUGGCUGUGCUAUAAAUCUCCUGAAACACUUUACUUAGAGGCAAGAACUGUCUAACAUCAAUUGUGCAAGACACGUGCCUUACAAUUAUUCUUAAUUUAAAAUUAAACUGAUUUUUGUAAUAAAAUAUCUUUACUAAUAGUUGUAUAGACACCAAUGUAGUUUAUCUUGAAAAAAAAAUGUGUCCACAGUACCAAUCACAGUUCUUCACACGUUGCCUAUAGAAUUGCAAGUUGUUCUCUGAGUGUCUGGAAUCAAUGUGUGGUUCUUCCCUGUGCACAGAACAGGACGGCUGUUUGAGGGCUUGGACUGACCCUGGAGUCAGACAGCUGCACCUCGGCUAAGAUUUUCCUAACUGAAUUUAGCUUGUAUUGAUAUAUAGGGCUGAAUGGUUUUCAGCUGUGUGAUGCUAGGCAGAACACACUGAUAUUACAGAUCAAGAACAAAACAAAAACUACAAAUCACACUAUUAAUGGGCCAUGGGCUAGAGGUCAUUGAUGUUUGGAUAUCUUUGAUGAGGGUUUGUUUAUGACUGUGCACCGUGGCUUUCUUCUGUCUGAUAGAGUCACUUCAACACGUAGCAUUUGUUCUUCUCAAGAGAAAGUUGUAACUAUUUUGUCUUCGAAUGUCCCUGUGUUACUUUUAACCAAAUAAAAAGUUCUUAUU